AUGAGUGGUACUAAAGUGGAUAUCCUCAAAUUUGCGGACAAAGAUGGUGAAUAUAAACGGAAGCCAAGCGUUUUCAGAGACUUCAUCUCUUCCAAAGCUGGCGCUAAAUUUCCACCUGAAGCUGGGAGAUAUCAUCUAUAUGUCUCCUAUGCUUGUCCCUGGGCCCACAGAACUUUGAUUGUCAGAGCGUUGAAAGGAUUGACAGCGCUGAUUGGAGUCUCCGUUGUCCAUUGGCAUAUGGAUGAUAAAGGAUGGAGAUUUCCAUCCAACGAUGACCCAUGUGAGGGGGCUACUGCAGACAAGAUUUAUGGAGUCAAGAGAUUGAAGGAGCUUUAUUUCAAAGCAGAUGAGAACUACAAUGGUAGAUUCACUGUUCCGGUUCUUUGGGAUACUAAGACUGAGACCAUUGUGAACAACGAAUCCUCGGAGAUUAUCAGAAUGUUGAACACUGAGUUCAACUCUCUGCUUGAUGAGCACCAUGCAAAAAUUGAUCUGUACCCUUCAGACCUUCAGCAGCAGAUCGACGACCUGAAUGACUGGAUUUACCCAAACAUCAAUAAUGGAGUUUACAAGGCGGGCUUUGCGACUAAACAGGAACCUUACGAAAAAGAAGUCAAGGCACUCUUUGAGAAACUUGACAAAGUUGAAGAGAUCUUGGGUAACAGGUAUCACCAUGGCGAACACUACCUAACGGGGAACAUUCUAACGGAGGCAGAUGUUAGAUUGUUCACCACCAUCGUUCGCUUUGACCCGGUCUACGUUCAACAUUUCAAGUGCAACCUGAAAAUGAUUAGAUAUGAUUAUCCCCACAUCCACCAGUGGUUGAGAGAGCUGUAUUGGACGAUUCCAUCUUUCAAGGAUACAACCAAUUUUAGUCACAUAAAAUUCCACUACACCAAAUCGCAUGUUGGGAUUAAUCCACAUCACAUCACACCUAUCGGACCAGUCCCAAAUAUUGUGCCGUUAGGCAAAUUCAAAUAA